CACUUCGUUCACAGUUCUUACGACCGGAGAUUGCAUGAUGAACCGUUCUAUAACUCGUUGCAUAUGUUCGUAUAGAACGAUUGUAUCACAUGUGCGUGUUGGGUUGGGUUGUAGUUGAUGUUAGAAAUGUAUGGAACGAAAUGAGCUAUAACUUUUUAUGAUAGUCGUUAUAUUGUGUGGUUGAUUUUAUUGAUUUACAAUCUUUGAAGUACUUUUUCUUCAUAAACAUUGAUUUCGUUGAAUUCUUAGUCUGAUCUUGAGCAGUGUUCCAAUACGGUUGAACCGGCUUGGCUGGAGACUAUUCCUGAAAAUGCAGUCCAAAGAAGAAUUUUAUAUCUACUAUGGAGUGAUAUCAUUUUUAACCAUAGAAUACCUAUGGGAAUUGUACCUGGCAAUUAGACAGCAUCGAGUUUAUGAAGAAGCUACAGAACUUCCUACUGAUCUUGAGGACAUAAUGACUCCUGAAACAUAUAAGAAAGCACGAGUGUACAAUCGAGACCAGAGCUCAUUUCGCAUUAUGAAAGAUUUAUUUGCAUUCAUUGUUACUUGUCUUGUCAUAUAUGUUGAUGGAUUUGUAAUCUUCUGGAAGGCUGGUGGUCAAUUGGCAGCAUCAUUGGGAAGUACAGGUCACAGUGAAACAUUGCAGACUAUUGGUUUUGCAUUGCUAAUGAACUUGUUCAACACACUCAUCAAUAUGCCUUUCUCAGUCUACCACACUUUUGUGGUAGAAGAAAGACAUGGUUUUAAUAAACAGACUGCUGGUUUCUUCAUCAAAGACAAGAUCAAAGAAUUUUUAGUAGGACAAGCCAUAAUGCUUCCUCUCUUUGCUGCAAUCAUUUGGAUAGUGCGUAUUGGUGGAACAUACUUCUUCAUUUACUUAUGGGUUUUUGCCAUGAUGUUUAGCCUUUUCCUGCUAACAAUUUACCCCAAUUACAUCAUGCCACUGUUUGAUCGGUAUACUCCUUUGUCUCCUGGUUCUCUGCGUACUCGCAUUGAGGAAUUGGCUGCAAGUGUGAAAUUUCCUCUUUACAAGUUGUAUGUAGUAGAAGGUUCCAAAAGAUCAAAUCACAGUAAUGCAUUCUUUUAUGGAUUUUUUAAAAAUAAGAGAAUAGUUCUCUUUGACACAUUGCUGAAGGAUUAUAAAAGUGAAUCUGAAAAAGAUACUUCAAAAACUGAAAAAAGUGAAGAGAAAGAAAGUGAGAAAAAAGAAAGUGAGAAAGUAGGAUGUGAUGAUGAUGAAGUUUUGGCUGUGCUUGGACAUGAACUUGGUCAUUGGAAGUUAAAUCAUGUUAUCAAAACACUAGUGUGCAUGCAGGUGAACCUUUUCUUGGUUUUCUUGGUUUUUGGUUUGCUUUUCCAAUUCAAGCCCAUGUAUGCAGCCUUUGGUUUCCGCAAUGAGCAGCCGGUCAUCAUUGGCCUGCUGAUAGUUCUGCAGUUCAUUUUCUCUCCAUAUCAUGCAAUUCUGAACUUCAGUAUGACAAUUCUUAGCAGACAUCAUGAGUUCCAGGCAGACAAAUUUGCCCGCGAUCUGGGCAAAGCAAAAUAUUUGCGUAGUGCUCUGAUCAAACUAAGUCGUGACAAUUUGAGCUUCCCUGUGUAUGACUGGCUAUACUCACGUUGGCAUUAUUCGCAUCCACCCUUGCUUGAACGACUUGCAGCUCUAGACAAGACAGACUGACGCAAGUUACAGCCUCACCGACCCCAUUCUUGGUUCCCUGUCGGUGCGUACUAUCUGUAACUGCAUUGUAGAGAAUUAUCUCAUUCCAUAGUGGGGUCUCUGCUCAAGAACUGUUUUUCUAAUUCACAUUAAUGUGAUUUUAUUCAAGAUUUUUCUUAAAUUGAAUUUUAUUUUGAUUCAAGGGACCUCAAAUAUGUGGUGAGAUGUAAAUGAGGUAUUGAUGUAUUAAUACAUUCCUCUUCAAACAAUUUGUGCACAUUUUUACAGUCCAGUUUGCUUCAAAACAUAUUACAUUUUUCUAUUAUAUAUUUUUUUAAUAUCUGAAUUUCAUCAGGUGCUUUUAGAACAAAUCAAAACAUUUCUUCCAGUUUCAUGUAAUUCUGCAAGUUAUCAAAUCAAGUUAUAUUUGUUGUGAAUAUUAUUGUGAAAGCUGAACAUUCACAAUCAUUUUUUUAUUCAUCAUUUUUAUUGAUGUAGCAAGUUAAAAGCAAGUCUGCAGUUUUGUUGCAUUAUUUUGAAAAAAUAUUUAUAAAUAAUUGGAUUAUUUAUUCUUGUCUUUAGUGUUGAAACUAUUUAAUUUGUGCUACAUGGAAGUCAGCAAUAGUUCCUGAUACAGAGAUUCAGUACAUCAAUAAAUUAUUGCAAAGAAAACUUCAAUUUCAGGACAAAUUUUUGGAUGUCUAACUUGCAUACAAUUUUUGCAGACUUCUAUUUCAGACAUUGCUGAUACUUUAUUAUUUAUAUUAAUUGAUAUGAGUCAGUGCUGCGAAAAAACAGAAUAUAAGACAUUUGUGAUGUUUGUUGUACUUCAUUUUAAAUAUAGUCAGUUCCUUGAAAUGUGA